GGCCGGGGGCGGGAGCACGGACGGCAGUCCGGAGUCGGAUUCCGGCCCCGCGCCUCUGUUCUGCCUGGGCGUCCUCGAGCCCGUCGCCAGCCCGGCCGGCAGAGGGCCGCCGGCGGCUCUCGGGACGCCCAGCGCCGCGGGGAGGGCGAGGUCUAACGUCCAGGACGCCUUGUUGAGAGUUUCUGAGGGAAGAAACAAGCCUUCGUGUAAAGCUGGUACGAGCAGAGCAGAUCUCGGCUGAUCCUCGGACGCUGAGCCGGAGCGAUGUUGCUGAAGACAGCGCUCUUGCUGGUGCUAGUGGCCCAAGUCCUGAUGCUGGACAAUGGGCUUCUGCGGACGCCACCCAUGGGCUGGCUGGCCUGGGAACGCUUCCGCUGCAACACGAACUGUGAUGAGGACCCAAAGAACUGCAUCAGUGAGUGGCUCUUCAUGGAGAUGGCUGACCGGCUGGUGCAGGAUGGAUGGCGAGACCUGGGCUACGUAUACCUUAACAUCGAUGACUGCUGGAUCGGUGGGCGCGAUGCCAGUGGCCGCCUGGUGCCUGACGCCAAGCGCUUCCCUCAUGGGAUUGCCUUCCUGGCUGACUAUGCUCACUCCCUGGGCCUGAAGCUGGGCAUUUAUGAGGACAUGGGCAAACUGACCUGCAUGGGUUACCCAGGCACCACACUGGACAAGGUAGUCCAGGACGCUCAGACCUUUGCUGAGUGGAAGGUGGACAUGCUGAAGCUGGAUGGCUGCUACUCGACCCCUGAGGAACGGGCCGAGGGGUACCCCAAGAUGGCUGCUGCCCUGAAUGCCACCGGCCGCCCCAUCGCCUUCUCCUGCAGCUGGCCAGCCUAUGAAGGGGGCCUCCCCCCAGCGGUGAACUACAGUCUGCUGGCAGAAAUCUGCAACCUCUGGCGUAACUAUGACGAUAUCCAGGACUCCUGGGAUAGCGUGCUCUCCAUCUUGGAUUGGUUUGUGCAGCACCAGGACAUACUGCAGCCGGUGGCUGGCCCAGGGCACUGGAACGACCCAGACAUGCUGCUCAUUGGGAACUUUGGCCUCAGCUUAGAGCAAGCCCAGGCACAGAUGGCUCUUUGGACGAUACUGGCAGCCCCUCUCUUCAUGUCCACAGACCUGCGUACCAUGUCUGCCCAGAACAUGAACAUUCUGCAGAAUCCACUCAUUAUCAAAAUCAACCAGGACCCCUUAGGCAUCCAGGGACGCAGGAUUCGCAAGGAGAAAUCCUACAUUGAAGUGUUCAUGAGGCCCCUGUCCAACGAGGCUAGCGCCUUGGUCUUCUUCAGCCGCAGGACAGAUAUGCCUUACCGCUACCAGUCCUCCCUCGCCCAGCUGAACUUCAACCGGUCCAUGACGUAUGAGGCCGAGGAUGUCUACUCGGGUGAUGUCAUCAGUGGCCUCCGGGAUGAAACCAACUUCACAGUGAUCAUCAACCCUUCGGGGGUAGUGAUGUGGUACCUGUAUCCCAUCAAGAACCUGGAGAUGUCCCAGCAGUGAUGAGCUGGGACAUGUGACAGGCUGUGGCAGCACCACUGAGCCCAGACCACGGAGCCUCAGCAUGCCAAGGGCAAGUGGGCAGGGUUCUCUGCUCCCCAGGCCCGCUCAGAGGCCUGACCCCAUCGUAACUGAAGUGCAACCUCAGGGCCAGGUCCUAUGCCAUACCCAAGUGUGAACCCUCUUGGAAACUUCUCUUGGGUCAAUUUCCUGUGGCUUUCCGGGCCUCUACCUCGCCUGCAUGGCCCCGCGGAUGUUGCUCAACAACUGGGCCAGCCUCCUAAGCCCCCACGCCCAUCAGGACUCUAGCCUCUGAUCUUGUUGACUCUGAAAUCAGGAUUUGGAAUUUUUCUAAUUAGGAGUAGAGAAAUCUGACCUGUUACCAGGAGCUCCCCUGAAUCGUGUGAUUGGCUUUCCUACCCAGAGAAGGCCUUGCAAGCUGAUACCACCUGGGAGUGAGGGUCAGAAAGGAGACCUUGGCUCCCUCAGGUCACCAAUAAAGCUGUUCUUUAAUCAA